AUGCAGCUGCAUCAGUACGACUACAUCCUCGCCAUUGGCACUAUCUUUGCCUUCCUGGACGCCUGGAAUAUCGGUGCCAACGAUGUCGCCAACUCGUGGGCCACCUCGGUGUCCUCGCGCUCCGUCAAGUACUGGCAGGCCAUGGUCCUGGCCUCCAUCAUGGAGUUCGCCGGAGGUAUCGGUGUAGGUGCCACCGUCGCUGAUACCAUCCGUACCAAGGUCGUCGACACCUCUCUCUUCGAAGGGGACAAUGGGGCGUUGCUGAUGCUGGGAAUGACCUGCGCUCUCGUUGGCUCCUCACUGUACCUUACCUUCGCUACUCGGAUCGGUCUCCCCGUUUCAACCACCCACUCCAUCAUGGGUGGUGUCAUCGGCAUGGGAGUAGCCCUGGUCGGUGCUGACGGUGUGAUCUGGUGGGGAGGAAACAUCAACUCUGGUGUUGUCCAGGUCUUCCUUGCCUGGAUCAUUGCGCCUUUUCUGUCUGCUGCAUUUGCUGCCAUCAUCUUCCUGACCACUAAAUAUGGUGUCCUUCUCCAGAAAAACCCUGCCUUGAAGGCCUGGUAUACCAUUCCAGUGUACUUUUUCAUUACUUGUACUCUGCUUGCUAUGCUCAUCGUGUGGAAGGGAGGUUCUAGCAGAAUUGACCUCAAUGGAGGAGAGAUUGCCGGAACUGUCGUUGGAACUGGCGGCGUCAUGGCAGUUCUAUCGGCCCUCUUUCUCUGCCCCUGGCUGUACCGUCGUGUCAUCGUCGACGACUGGCAGUUGACCCCAUGGCAUCUACUGCAGGGACCCCUUCUCUUCCGCCGUGGCGAAGUGCCCCCUCGCCCAGAAGGUGUUAAGACUGUCCAGAACUACUACCGCGGCCACAAAACCAUGGAAGAGAUCCAGGCCGAGCGUGCUGCCGGCAAUGACGAGGAGGGCGCCAACAAGACCACCGGCGAUGGCUCAUCAGAAGAGCCCAAGGCAGUCACUUCCAGCUCAAGCUCUACAACGGCCAACCAAGAGAGCGACGUGGUCAGGAUUACUGGGCCUCGCCCAGAGGGAAGCAACUUCCACCCCUUGGUUAUCUUCUGGAACGCAAAGCGCCUCUUCUUCCGGGGUAUCGAGCAGGACGUUGUCUCCAUGCAGAACAAGCGCAAUCUCCUGACUGGUGAUAUCGAAAUGACCCAUGCUCACGCUGAACACUACGAGAACCGGGCCGAGUACAUGUUCUCCUUCCUGCAGGUCCUCACUGCCUCUACUGCCUCGUUUGCGCAUGGUGCCAAUGAUCUGUCCAACGCCGUCGGCCCAUAUGCUACCAUCUACGCCGUCUGGAGCUCAGGUGGUCUUAGUGGAAAGGAGACUGAUGUUCCUUAUUGGAUUCUUGCCUUUGGUGGUGCGUCCCUCGUCAUCGGCCUCUGGACGUACGGCUACAACAUCAUGCGCAACUUGGGUAACCGCAUCACUCUGCACUCGCCCUCGCGUGGUUUCACAAUGGAGCUUGGUUCUGCAAUUACAAUCAUCAUGGCCACCAAGCUCAAGCUCCCCGUUUCUACGACCCAGUGUAUCACCGGUGCCACCGUCGGUGUUGGUCUCUGCAACGGUACUUGGAGGACGAUCAACUGGCGCAUGGUCGCCUGGAUCUACAUGGGCUGGAUCAUUACCCUCCCUGUUACUGGUAUUAUCUCUGGUUGCUUGGUUGGGAUUAUCAUCAACGCGCCUCGCUGGGGCAUGCCUCUGUAG